GAUCAAAAGAAUAGGAUUCUCUGCUUCACAAAACUUCUCCUUCUCUCUUUUCCCACUGCUGAGAGAAGCAAUCAUGGCUUCUUUCGUCAAAGUAGGAUUGUUGCUAGUUGUAGUGGUCGUCUUCGCCGGGCUGAAUCUGUCGGCGGCGAAGAUCUACACCGUCGGCGACUCGAUCGGUUGGACGAUACUGAAUAGCCCCAACUACACAGCUUGGGCUGCUGGGAAGCCCUUCCGUGAGGGUGACACCGUCUAUUUCAAAUACAACAAACAAUUCCACAAUGUGUUAGAGGUAUCAAAGGCAGACUACAAUUCAUGCAAAAGUAGCUCUCCUUCAGCAACUUACUCCACUGGCAAUGAUUCCAUCACCAUUAAAACCGCCGGCCACCACUAUUUCAUCUGUGGGAUUCCCGGCCACUGUCAAAUAGGCCAGAAGGUUGACAUCUUCGUCGGAGGCGGCAAAGCUACUGCACCUGCCUCCUCUGCUGCCCCUUCUCCUUCUCUGUCGCCGGCUUUCAUUCCAAGCACGGCCCCUUCGGCGAGCGCGGCACAGGCACCGAGCUCCGGUGCUCAAUUGCCACUGGCAUUGUCGACGAUCAUUGAGGUGGCGACCAUGACGAGUGCUAUUGUAUUGAUGGGGCUUUAGAUAGUAUGAUUUUGCAGUUUAUGUUUGGUUGUUUGUUUGUUAUUGACAGAACCAUUCAGAAAUGAGUUUUAAUCAUCAAUAGUUUGUGGUAAGUUUGUCUGUUAUCACCUUAAAGAGAUUGGUUUUUUCUAUAGUUUAAGGAAAAGCUAAGUAUUAUGAUGAGAAAAUUUGUUAAAUUUAGGAAAGGAUUACUUGAAAUGCUAUUAUUUCAGCUUUAUAAA